UGUUUACAAACUGAAUAUCCAAAUAUGUAUUUUAUUCAUGAAUCAACAAUACUUCAAAUGUUUCAAUAUUGUUGUACGACUCUUACAAUUAACACAAAUGAUGGACUUCCAAAUCAAAUUUGUCAAAAUUGUUUUACAAAAUUGAACGAUUCAUUUCAAUUUAAACAAUUAUGUGAGAACUCACAUCGAGCACUCGUAGAAAUUCGUGACGAAAUUGAUACCAAAGAUGAUUUAUACGUUAAAGAUGAAGUGGAUGAACGGACAGACAUUAAACCGCCAUUACUUAAAAGUGAUUCUGAUCGUGACAAUGGCGAUGACGUACAAGACAUCGGUAAUGAUGUAGAGGAUGCAGAGGAUGAUAGCUGUGAUGAUGAAUGGUUGAGUGAUAGAAUUGAAAGUAGCAAAACAAAAAGAUCACAAUUAGAUCCAAAUAAAUGUGAUCCACAAACAUUAACUUGUAAAACUUGUGACAAGAAAUUAUCAACAGUUGGAUCUUUAUUACGACAUUUAAGAUCUCAUGAAUUAAAUGGCGUCCAACCGGAUUCUUCAAUUAAAAGGGAUGAAAAUAAAACUAAAUAUAAAUGUGAAUACUGUGAUUUAUCAUAUUGUAAAAUCAGUUCAUUAGGUAAACAUGUUUUAACGAAACAUAAUCCAACAUUACUGGCAUGUACAGUGUGUAACAAAAAAUUUGCAAUUCAAUUACAAUUAGACACCCAUAUGAAAUUUAUACAUCGUCAGCAGAAAGAUCAUGUGUGCAAACAAUGCGGUAAAAUCUUUCAAAAGAAUCAUCAAUUAAUGCGACACGAGAAGAGUCAUGCAACAGAACGGAUCUAUCAUUGUAUGCAAUGUGACAAAUCAUUUCGUGUCGAGGCAACGUUACGCAUUCAUUAUCGUGUCUGUCAUUCGGCAGAUAAGAAACGUGAAGUUUGUACAAUUUGCGGUAAAGCUGUUUAUAGAAUUAAACAACAUUUAGCACGUGUUCACACUGAUGAACAUGUAACCUGUCCAGAAUGUUCGAAAGAAUUCAACAACAAACAUUACUUAGAAGAGCAUCGUAAACGUAAACAUGGCGAUCCAAAUGAAACAAACAAGCGUCCGCAUUUAUGCAGCAUUUGUGGCAAGGGAAGUGUGUCCACAACAGCACUAAAAGCACAUUAUCUACAUAUGCACACCGUGGGUAAACGUUAUCCGUGCCCCAUUUGUAAUAAGAAAUUUAAAACAGAUCAAGCGGUUAAUGCGCAUGUACGUUACACACACAAUCAUGAGAGUCGUUACAGUUGUACGAUGUGUUCAAAAACUUUUCAAAUUAGUUCACGUUUAAAGAUUCACAUGCGUGUACACACGGGAGAACGACCGUGCGUUUGUAAGCUGUGUAAUAAAGCGUUCGGUGAAUCGAGCACGUUAAAGAAGCAUAUGCGUGUGCAUGGCAGCUUUGAAUGUGAGAAACCAGUGAAGAAUGAAUUAAAUGAUAUAAUCGAUAAUGUUACCGCCAAUAAUGUUCUGGACGAUAAAAAAAAUCAUGAAAAUAUGCAACGAUUUUUAAUUAAUUUUUAACAUGUUGAGUGGACAAGCCAAUCUUGACUACUGGGAUAUUGCACAGGGCAUGCGUCAGGCCUAGCUGUGCAUAAACUACAGCUAGACCAUUUGGUUGUGUUCGGUUGAAAGUCAUUAGAACACAGUUGAGAAGGGUGGUGGGUUUCUUGACAGGUGGUUGUCGAUUGAAUUACCUACCAUCUUCAUAACUUGGGGAUCUCCGAUGAUCCCACUUGUAGGGUUUGUAUGGAGGAAGAUGAAACUUCCUAAAACCUGUAGGGAGUCAGGUAUGGAAUGUUUGGGUUCGAAAUCUUGGACCUAUCAAUCCUGGGAAUAAUUCUGACAGAGAAGCUGUGUAGCUUCACUUGCUUAAAAUAGCAUUUCUUACCCAGAGACAUUUCACUUCUGGGUGAUCGGCUGUUUUCAGGGAGAGCACAUAGGACCUCCUGGUCUAGGUGUUAGGGGUCUAUUUGCGGUAUCUCUCUUAUCUGUAUUAUUUAUUACCUAUUGUUGCUACCAGACUAAUGAAGACUAGGAUAUGGUUAGGUUAGGUUAGGUUAGAGUGGCUGUCGUGGGGUGGGACACACUUAGACCAUAGGGUCCGUUGUGAUACCGUAAAUGGGUUGGCCCAUCGCCGGCCACUACUCCAUGAACCAUUUGGAGCUGUUUAAGAACAGCAGCAGGGCUUUGACGUGGACUGACUUUAGGUUGGAGAGGUCGUCAAAGAGAGGCUGGCUCAAGUAAGUCCAUCUCCUCAUGACAAGAGCUGGGCAGUGACAGAGAAGAUGAGACAUUGUCUUCUCCUCGUCACCACUA